AUGGAUUCGGUGGUCGAAUCCAGAUUCGAAUCCCGGUUCGAUCCUGAGCCUGGUUGUUGGGUUGUGUGGGUACUGGGUUCCUCACUCUACUCGACCAUAACCGUAAGUGUGCACGCUCCCUCAGGAUUGCGUCACCGGUACGUAACAUUAGUCGGAAGCUCCGUACAGUCUUUUCCACGACAGAGUAAAUGUCUCUCCGGAUCAGGAAUAAGCAACCACAAAGCACCUGUAUCAAAGAGCACAAUGUCAGAUAAAAAGCAUUCAGAGACCAUAGAUGGACUCAUUAUUAAGGAGGAGAGUGAUACAGUUUUUGUAGCUGACAAUGACACGAUGGAGAAAGUGAAGGAAGAACGAGAGGAUGAAAUGAUUGUGUGGAAGAUAGAGGAUGAUGUGACUUUUAAAGAAGAAAGCUUAGAUACGAAUGUCGAAGAUGAUUCUUACCCAUAUGAAGAUUGUGAAGAUCCAUUAUUAACACUGAAAUGUAAGAGCUGUGAGGUAGUGUGUGCUACAAGAAGGGAUUUGGAGACUCACACAAAAAACAAGCAUGGUUCAGGAAAGCACCCGAGGGGCCAGAAACGUGAUAGAUUACAUGAUCAUGGAAGGUCCUCUUGUGAUGAGAUAGCCUCUAGUCACUCCAGCUGCUACUCUGAUUCUGAUUCUGAUGCUGAUGACAACCUUGUAGUUCCAUCCACCUCAGCUGUGCCUACUGCCCUGUCCCAUAGUUUCAAUGACUUCAACCUCUCUUCUGAUGAGUGUGACAAAAUUGAGUAUAUACCAAAGAGGAGGGGACGUCUUAUAAGCAGUAGCAGUGAUGAUGGCUCUGACUCUGAGUUGGAGGCAAGUUUUCAGGAAAAGCAUGCCUCUGAACAGCCUGUGUUUGUGUGGCAAAGGAAGCUGAAUGUCCCGAAGCAGUUCGGGUUCUGUGCCCGUCCUGUGGUCAAUGUCAGUGACCUGCACCAAGGAUCCACACCCUUUGAAAUAUAUUCGCACUUCAUCACACCCAAGCUCAUGGACUGUCUUGUCCAAGAGACUAACCGGUACUACCACCAACAACCAGCACCCCCUUCUUCACACAAGAGGAAUUGGCAUAACACUUCACGGGAAGAGCUACAUGCCUAUUUUGGGCUCUGGCUGUUGAUGGAUUUGCAUCCAAGGUCAGACAUUGAAAUGUACUGGCAGGACCCAAUCUUCUACCAGCCUAUGUUCCCGAAGACUAUGUCAUUAGAUCGUUUCAUUCAGCUGACGCAGAAUCUCCAUGUGGUGGAUAACAGUGCAACACAUCCUGGUGACGACUGCUUAUGGAAGUUUCGUCCAUUGCUUAGUAUGCUUAAUCAGCAGUUCUCAUCAGUGUAUACUUCUCCCCAGAAGAUAACAGUUGAUGACAGUCCAAGGGAGUUGAUGGGCCAGUUUGGUUUGAAGAUGUACAAGCUGUGUGUCAGUGAUGGCAUGACUGCAGGUUACACUAUUGCAUUGAGUAUCUAUUCAGAUCACAACAAGAGAAAACUCCCUACAUCUAUGAGAGCCAUUGUUGAGCUAAUGGCUGCCGCAGAUCUCUUUGGGAAAGGGUAUGAGCUUCAUACCAACAGCAGGUAUACCUCACCCAGUCUCUUCCAAUACUUACAGAGUCAGCAUACAAAUGCGAUUGGCACUGUCUACACCAUCCGUAGGUAUAUGCCUAUUGAUCUGAAGACAACAGCCUAUGGUGAUGUGGACUUACGUAGCACCCCAACAGGCAUUUUGUGCCUGCAAUGGCAUAAUAAGGAGGAGCCUAUCACCAUGCUGUCCACAGUCCAUUCUGGAAUGGUCACUAAUACACCCCAGAGUAAGAAAAAGCAUAUGAAGCCCAAGGUAGUCUCUGACUACAUUGCUGGGACAAAGGGAGUAGAUAUGACCAACCAGUUUCUUUUGUCCUACCAGACUGUCCGAAAAUCCAUCAAAUGGUAUAAGAAGGUGAUAUUGUAUCUUCUUGACAUUGCUGUAGUCAACUCCUUCUGCGUGCAUCAGGCCCUGGGAGGGAUGUUAAGCCAGUUUGAUUUCCAAGUACAGCUCAUUCGUGAUCUUCUCCAAGAGUCCACUGCCAUAAGAAGGGGUAUCGUACGAAAGAAAUAAUCAUCCAACCACAGUCCCAUUGGAGCGUUGUCUUCAAGGAACAACAUCACAUCAUCAGCAAGUGGUUCCUGGUAGGAAAUGUCUUCGCUGUAAGAUGUGCAGGCAAAAUGGGAAGAGGAAGGUGACCAGGACCAUGUGCAGAGCCUGCAAAAUACCCCUUUGCAAGUAUGGCUGCUUUGAGCAGUGGCACUCGCUGAUAUAAGCAGAAGUUGCCCCCUUCUUCAUCGUCAUUGUUAUCAGUGAUUUUGGUGGUGGAAAUUUCUUGGCUUAUGCUUUUGCAUCUUUCAAAGGGAAAACAUAGAAUUUUAAAAAGAUAUAUUUUUUCCUCCCAUAAUUCUAUAAUUCAUAACAGAAUGGAAAGAGUGUAGUGUUUUGAGUAUACUGAGGGAUCCUUUUGAUGAAUGUCAGAACAUUAUACUGUGUCAAUGCAGGUGUAGAAAAAUUACUCUACACAUAAUAUGUAUAUUGUAAGGUGAGAGAGAACAAGUGGAGAAUUCCUUUAGUUUUGGGGUCCAUAUCAAAUGACAAAGCACUACUAGGUUGAUAAAGUAGAAGGGAAAUCCAUUAAACACAAAACAGUUUUAUUGAAAGGUGAUACCUAUUACAUGUUUGGGGAUUAUCCCCCAUGGAACCCUUUGUGUGUUCCAACCAGAAUGCCAUAGGAUAUCCAACUGUUGUAAUGUCAUAAAUAGGUAACAUUGUAAUAUGUUGUUUAAUAUAACUUGAUGGUCAAACAUAUAUUUUUUUCUUUUUUACUGGCUGUAGUGUUUCAAGCAAAAGCUAUUAGGUGAAUACACAUUCUAUUUAUAUUUAAUUUUGAGAUAGAUUUACAUUUAAAUUUGAUUAGAUUAACUGCAUAGGGACAUGUAACUACUAUAGUAAGGUAUUGAACACAUGUUAGCCUUCUCUUCAGUUGCUACAUCUGAGGAAUGUCACAAGCUCCACAGAAGUAGAGAGUGAAGUACAUAAUAUUCAAGAAAUUAGAAAUGAAAUAUUGAAGAAAAUGAUAACUCAUAUUAAAGACAAAUAAAUGUUACCAACUCAGUUUACCUGCAGGUGACAUGCAAGGAGGGCUGUUUCCAAGAUUAGAAAAUAGAGCCUAAUGAAGUGCCUUUUCACUUUAGUUGUGUACAGUAGUUUAUGAAUUCUGCAAUGGGUGUAAUACUUUCAAUUGCCUGGGCUAUGAUGAAUGAUGAUGUUUGAUAAAUUAUGUACCAUGUUUAUCCUGAUGAGUUGUAUGAAUUCCUUUGAUAUUGGCAUGAUGAUAAGUUCACAUAAAUGGUCAUUACCAGAUUCUGAUUACAUGAGUGGUUUACUUAUUAGUUAACUGCUUGCAUUUCUGCAUCCUCCAUCAUAAAAUAUUGAACCUAGAUUGAUUCCUCAUUAUUGUUUGUAUAUAGAUUUGUGUUGCAAGGGUAUAAAAGGAAGAGAAAAAUUGUAAUUGUAUAUACUGAAAUUAGAGAUUGUAUAUAUUGCAUAUUUUCUCUUUUGUUUUCUUUUUUUCUUUCUUUUUCUCUUUUUUGCAUAUAUUGCUUAAUAUGAUAUUUUUUCCUUACAUUUCAUUUUCUCCCAUAUGUAUGGAAUACAUCAUACAAGAGAAGAAUGAGUAUGUUAACCACUUUGUUAAAAUAGCACCAAAAAUUGUGCUAUAUACCAGAAAUUGUAAUUUGCAUAUUGCAAACACAUGAGAAGCAUAUUUCUUUUCCCCUAUGAUAAUUUACAUAUUAGCUGUUUCAGGGUAAUUUAUUUUACAUAUUUUCCACUGUAUAAACACAAAAUAUUGAUUGAUUCUCCAAGUAUUUUUCAACAAUAUGACACUAAAAUCACUUCUCAAGAUGAAAAAUAUUAGCAAUGUGUAAAUGCCAAAAUAACUACUGAGAGAAGUGUAUACCUUCUUACAAUUAGUUGUUUGGGCUUAGAAAACUGGGAAUACUGCUUCUAUAUGGAAUAUGAAGAAUUGGGAAUAUCCCAGUCAGCAAGCUAAGUGAUCACACCUUGCUGACUAGUGGCUUUGAGUUGAAAAUAUCCCUAUUUUGAUGUGCAAUAGUUUGUUUAGAACAUUUUGUACACGUUUUCUCAGUUGUAUGAUUUGAUUUGUAAUGAUAAGUAGUGAAAAAGUGAUGGUUGGUGACAGAUAUAAAAAAAAAAAAUAUAUGCUCAU